AUGCCGGCUACCAUGCAUUAUGACCAUUUUGGUAACAUUAUCAUUUAUGGUGCAUCUGGUAGCGGAUUUCGAGUAUUUAGUGCUGGCACGAAUAGCAGCAGUGCGAGGAAGUAUCUUAUUGCAAGAUAUAUUCCAAUAAAAUUUGUCUGUGUAGAAGCAGGAAAGUAUUCUCCUGCCAAGUUAUGCAAACUUUCUCGUUCUUCCAUUUUUCCCACUUCUACAAUCAUUCUUGGCUGCAAUAACGCAAGCCUAUAUGGCGGAACUCUUUAG